AGUAGAGAAAUCACGUAGACUGUGAAACUCAGCCUACCAGCUAGAUCAAGAAAGGAAAAAAAUCAACAAAAACAACAACAAAAAACUCAAAAACUUGUAAAUUGCAGGAAACAACAACAUGCAUCCUAAAGGUAACUGGCACCUGAUCAGAAGCAGCUGAAAUCCAACAGUCCAGUAAGGUAUGCCUGUUAACAUUACACUUAUUUACAGAGAUUGUGAAGUCAACCAUUCACUUGUUCUUUUUCUGCUUGCAGGUAAACAGGAAUUAACAUCAAUGGGAAAAGAAAACCAAACUUCUGUAGCUGAAUUUAUCUUGCUGGGACUUUCACAGGAUCCAAAAGUCCAGAUCUUGUUGUUCUGUGUUUUCGUGAUGGUUUACCUUCUCUCUGUAUUUGGGAACCUGCUCAUAAUAAUCCUUAUCCAAACUGACUCUCGACUUCACACUCCCAUGUACUUUUUCCUCAAAAACUUAUCCUUUGCUGACCUCUGUUUCUCGACAAGCAUCAUUCCCCAGAUGUUAGUCCACUUCCUUGUGAAAAAGAAAAGCAUUUCCUUUGCUGGAUGCUCGAUACAGAUAGUUGUCUUCCUCCUAGCAGGAUGUACAGAGUGUGCACUGCUGGCGGUGAUGUCCUAUGACCGCUAUGUGGCUGUUUGCAAGCCCCUGCACUACUCCACCAUCAUGACCCAGAGGAUUUGUGUCCGGCUGGCCACAGUGUCCUGGGUCAGCGGAGCAUUUGUGUGUUCAGUGGACAGUGCAUUUACACUGUGUCUUCCCUACCAGGGACAGAAUGUAAUUAACCAUUAUUUCUGUGAACCUCCUGCACUCCUGAAGCUGGCUUCAGCAGACACCUACCAGGCUGAGAUGGCCCUCUUUUCAAUGGGUGUGGUGCUCCUCUUAGUUCCUGUCUUCCUCAUUUUUGUUUCCUACUGGCAUAUUCUCUCCACUGUGAUGCAGAUGCAGUCAGGAGAGGGGAGGCUCAAGGUCUUCUCCACUUGUGGUUCCCAUCUCACUGUGGUGGUUCUCUACUAUGGUUCUGGUAUAUUUGCCUACAUGAGAACCAAUUCCAAGGGAAUGAGUGAAAAGGAUAAGGUCAUCUCUGUGUUCUAUUCGGUUAUGACUUCCAUGUUGAAUCCCAUCAUUUACAGCCUGAGGAACAAGGAUGUGAAGGGGGCUCUGAGAAAGCUGGCUGGAAGAUAGUCAGCCAUCAGAAGCAGAUAUUUCUGACAUUUUUUCUCAAGUACUUAGAAAUGUGAUUGACAGCAAUGUCUUCAAAACCUGCAUUCUUUCUUUCCUUUGGUUUAUUUUCUAGGAUUAUUUUCUUCUUCAGAAAUACUGAUCGAUUGCCUGCUAUGUGGAAGCACAAUAUGAA